ACUUUUUACCUUCUUUUAGUCUUUUUGCACAGUUCUUUUUCCUCCUGGAGUAUUUGAAUAGGGUUGCUGUUUGCAGUUUCAGGUGCAAAGAUGCUGGACAAAUGCCUGUCUUUUGGCCGGUCCCUGGUGCGGAGGAAGGUGGUGGAUAUGAAUUCUCUGGAGGAGUCGAAGCUGUGCCGUUGCCUGGGCACAGUGGACCUCAUCGCUCUGGGGGUGGGCAGUACUUUGGGGGCAGGGGUCUACGUUUUGGCCGGAGAGGUGGCGAAAGGAGACUCUGGGCCCAGUAUCGUUAUAUCUUUUCUUAUAGCAGCUCUGGCCUCUGUGAUGGCUGGACUGUGCUAUGCUGAGUUUGGCGCUCGAGUGCCUAAAACAGGGUCGGCGUAUCUCUACAGUUAUGUGACGGUGGGAGAAAUCUGGGCCUUUAUCACCGGGUGGAACCUCAUUCUGUCAUAUGUCAUUGGUACAUCGUCAGUGGCGCGUGCUUGGAGUGGGACGUUUGAUGAGAUGAUCGGAGGACACAUCGAGAGGUUCUGCAAAACAAACUUCAGUAUGAACUACCCCGGCCUGGCCCCGUACCCCGACUUCUUCGCUGUCUGCCUCAUCCUGCUCCUCUCCGGACUGUUGUCGUUUGGUGUGAAAGAGUCAGCCUGGGUCAAUAAAGUCUUCACCCUGAUAAAUGUGCUGGUUCUGCUGUUUGUGAUCAUCUCUGGGUUUGUCAAAGGAGAUGGAGAAAACUGGAAGAUCUCAGAAGAAUCACUCAUCAACAUCACUAUAACGAAAAGGAACUUAACUCCAGCGGCGAACGUUACCAGUGACUAUGGUGUUGGAGGUUUCAUGCCGUAUGGAUUCAGUGGGACUUUGGCCGGAGCUGCCACCUGCUUCUAUGCGUUUGUGGGGUUUGACUGUAUCGCCACGACAGGUGAGGAGGUGAAGAACCCCCAGAGGGCCAUCCCAAUUGGUAUUGUGGUGUCUUUGACCGUGUGCUUUUUGGCGUAUUUUGGCGUUUCCGCGGCACUGACACUGAUGAUGCCUUACUUCCUGUUGGACGAGAAGAGCCCCCUCCCCAUGGCAUUUGAGUACGUGGGGUGGGCACCAGCCAAAUACGUGGUGGCAGUGGGGUCCCUCUGUGCUCUGUCCACGAGCCUGCUGGGCUCCAUGUUCCCUCUGCCCCGUAUUCUCUUUGCCAUGGCACGAGACGGUAUUCUGUUCAAAUUUAUGUCCAAAGUCAGUAAGCGCCAGUCACCUGUAGCUGCCACCAUGAUGGCGGGUACCACAGCGGCGAUCAUGGCGUUCCUAUUCGACCUCAAAGCCCUGGUUGAUAUGAUGUCGAUUGGGACCCUGCUCGCCUAUUCACUGGUGGCCGUCUGUGUCCUCAUCCUCAGGUACCAGCCGGACGGGGUCUUGGAGCGACGGUCCGGAGCAGGGGAGAGGGACUUCCUGUCUGAGUCUGACCUCACAGAGUCGGAAUCUCACCUGAACAUGUUAAAGGGGGCGGGGUCAAGUCUCCAGGCAGCGCUCCAGCCCCCCUCCUCCCCCUCAGAGCAGUCCUCCUCUGUGGUCAACAUGUCUGUGGGAAUACUGGGUAAGAACACAGCCACGGCAUCAUGCCGAUUUGUUUCAUUUAUCAACUAA